AUGGAAGUUUUAGGUUUAAGCUCCGUGACUCGUUUCCUCUUGUUAUUCGUUUUCUUUGUUUGUUCUCAUAAAUGCAAUCUAGUCAACGCGAGCGAACCGGUUCUUGAGAUAACUAAAGGCUUCGAAGCUAAACCGGACUCGUCGGUCGACUCGUUCCAGCCUCUCCUCACUGACCCGAGCGGAAACUUUUCAUUCGGGUUCUUACGGGUAAACGGGUCACGCCUCUCCCUCGCCGUAACCCACCCGAACUUAACGGAACCUCUCUGGAUUUUCGACCCCACCCGUUUAGCGAGCUGGUCGCAUAAGACGAAACUCUUCUUCAAUGGCAGUCUCGUUAUUACCGAUCCUUCUUCGAGGGUAGACUGGUCAACUCACACUAACGGAGACAGUCUCGUCCUCCGUAACGACUCGAAUCUCCAGGUGCUGAAAUCGCCGUCGCCGUCGUCGUCGGUCGAGUGGGAGAGUUUCGAUUUUCCCAGAAACACCCUCGUCGAAAACCAGAAUUUCACAUCGACCAUGGCUUUGGUUUCAUCCAACGGCUUGUAUUCGAUGCGACUAGGCAGCGAUUUCAUCGGAUUAUACGCUAAAGUCAGCGAAGACUCUGAGCAGUUUUACUGGAAACACAGUGCUCUCCAAGCCAAAGCCAAAAUCAAAGACGGAUCGGGUCCGAUUCUCGCCCGGAUCAACCCGAACGGAUAUCUCGGUAUGUACCAAAUCGGAAACAUACCAAUCGACGUCGAAGCAUUCAACAGCUUCCAACGGCCAGUUAACGGUCUUCUAAUUCUCCGAUUGGAAUCAGACGGGAAUCUCCGGGGGUAUCUCUGGGACGGAUCUCAGUGGGCAUUGAAUUACGAAGCAAUCCGUUUACCUUGCGAUCUCCCAAAUCCGUGCGGUCCGUACAGUCUCUGCACACCUGGAUCGGGUUGCUCUUGCAUCGACAACAGCACCGUUAUCGGAGAGUGUAGUCCAGAACCACCUUCGGGACCGGCGGAUUUUUGCGGCGGCGAUAAGGCGGCAAAGUUUAAAGUUGUGAGACGUGGAGGCGUUGAAGUGCCGUUUAAGGAAUGGAUGGAUCACAAGACGACGUCGUCUUUGGGAGAAUGUGAGGAGAUGUGUGUGGAGGAUUGCAAGUGUUUCGGGUCGGUUUAUAACAACGGGUCUGGGUUUUGUUAUUUGGUUAAUUACCCGAUCCGGACGAUGCUGGGCGUUGAGGAUUCGAGUAAAGUGGGUUAUUUUAAGGUGCGGGAGAGUGUAGGGAAGAAAAAAAGCAGAGUAGGAUUAACGGUUGGGAUGUCUGUGCUUGCUUUGAUUGCGUUGGUUUUAACGGUAACGAUGGUGUAUGUUGGGUUUAGGAUUUGGAGUAGAGAGAAACGGAUAGUAGAGGAAGAUGGUGGGUUAUCACCCGGCCCGUAUAAAAAUCUUGGGUCGGAUAGUUUUAGAUCCGUUGAAAUGAGUCGUAGAUGA